AUCUUUGUUUUUGUAACGAACCCCUUGAUCGAUGAUUGAUUCAAAAUACUUGAGGCUUGCGUAAAAUGAGCUUCAACAACUAUUAUCUGCCUUCUGGCAACCCAAACUCAGCCGGUACAAUGCCUGGAAUCAAUAUGGGCGGAGCUACUUCGUCACCUUUUGCUGAGUUGAUGCAGAACCCAGAAAGUGUUCAGCUGUUGUCCCAGAUGUUGCAAGAUCCGACUGUGAGAGCGAAGCUUCAUUUGCCCCAACCAAACCAAACUAGUCAGCGUCCGGAUAUAGUUGAAUCUGGCUUCAACUCUGUUGGUGGUAGCAACUUGAAUCGAAACAUAGCGACGCCGAACAAUAUUAUGUGGACGAAAAGGGAACAAGGAGAUAAACUUCCUUCACCUCCCAUUGGUUUCUGUACUACUGGAGAUGUUGCUAAUUUGAGUGCAACUCCCCAGGUAGCAGCAACAGCGUCUUCAGUGAAUUUGAACAGUGCGAAUAACAUACCACCAAACAUGCCAAAAAUGUUCCAAGAGUUCCAGCAGUACAUGAUGGCGAAACAGUUUGCAGACAGUCUGAAUAGCGCACAGGAAACGUAUCAGCUGGUGAUUCCAGCCACGUCUACGAAACAGGCACAACCAGAUCAGUUGCCACAACCGCCGCCGUUUUUUCCGCCGCCACUGCCUUUCGAAGUGUUGAAAUCUCAAGUGAAUUCAACCAACCCGAACUUAGGCCAAAUAAACAACGAAAUGAGCAACGUAGGCAGCAAGGCUGCAGGGGGAAACUUAGGACGUGGAGAUGACUCCAACGAAGAAAGCUCAGCUUCUUGGUCUGCGCCGAGUCGAAAACGAGGAGCAAGUGAUUCUUUUGAUUCAUUUUUCAAAGAUCCUGCCCAGAGUCAAUCUAUGUCGCCUUUUACGUUUUCUGCGAAGAUAAAUAAUAUGAAACAGAGUAAUGGAAACGGAUCGACGAUAACUGUCAAAAACGAAACUGGAAGUGGAGGUUUCAAAAACUCAAAUUGGAACAACAAUAUUGCACAAGAGUCAAUGUUAACUUCGCCGAAAAGCGCCUCGAGCAACAACUCGAUGUCUUCGUCAGAAAUUUUCGCUUGCUUCAAGCAGAGUUUGAACGGUCCACCACCAUCAGUGAACUCGACAAGCAGUCUUUCAAAAUUGGCAGUCUAUGAUGAUGAAAUAAGCAAAGUAGUUAACCCCACUGUAAAAAGCCCAGUUGGUCGAAUGAACAAUCGACCGAAUGAUCAGAUCAUGUUUGGAUCUAACAUCUCAAAGGUUUCAAAUACAGUAGUCCCUGAAGUGCGUAGAACUGAAUAUCUCGUUUCAGUAACUGAGAAUUUUGGGGCUACCAAAAGUGCCAUACCAAGAACGGGAUCCCACAGACGUGCAAAUGUUUAUUCGAGGAACCCUUUUGCUCAAUCAGUAUCUGUCAAGCAAGAGUGGGGAGUUCCAGGUCAAACAGUUUGGUCCAAGCCUCCUCCUCAGAAGACUAAGCCGCCCUUCAAACCAAUCUCAAGAUCUAACGAUUCUUUUUCGAGAUCCUUCAUGGCCUCCACUUCGGUGGAAUCGUCUUUUGCGACAAAACCGACGGCUUUUUCAUGGUCGCAACCUUUUGAAAAUGAUAACGAUAAAUAUGAAUCUUUGAUUUCAUGCGAUCCCUGCAAUAAAGUGUUUUGGACUAAAAAGUCGUUAGAAGAACAUAAAUUGGAGCAUUCAAAAUGUCCUCAUCCAGGAUGCUCAUUUUCAGCCAAUGAAGAGGCUGUUGAAACUCAUUUUGCUAAUACUCAUGCAAGAGGGAUUCAUUUGAAAUUGGACACGCCUGAAGACAUUCGCAAAUGGCGCGAAGAAAGAAAGAAAAAGUUUCCGACGAAGCAGAAUGUUGAGAUGAAGAUAAAAACUAAAAUGGUUCGGGAAUCACGAGGCGAGACUAUAGAAACGAUGUCGUACUCGAAUUGUAAACCUAGAGGCAAUUACCAGAAUUCGCAACAGCAACAACCGGGUAAUAAGAAUAGUGAUGCAAUGACAGUGAAGCAAGAAGUGAAGAACAAUGCAGGGUUUGCGAGGAACCCUAGAUUGACAAGCCGCCAAAGGUAUCUGUCGAAGUUCACAAGACCCGGAGAUGCUCCUAAGAAGCCGAAGUUCAUUGAAAUCAAGAAAGAAGACUCGGAUUCUGAGGAUAGUGACUCGCCUCCAAUGGAAAUUCCAGUUGGUAAACAGGAUCCAGUGAAUGUUACGAAGUCUCCAGGUUCUGAGCAACGUUUGGAUUCACCACAAAGUCCACAGAAAGAGAUGAACAAUAAUGAGAUAGGAUGUGAAAACUUUCAGAGAACUUAUAAGAAAAGGCCUCGAAAGGCGACUUUGCUGGAAAUGCUGAUAGCUCCUGAUAUUCGCCAUGAGCGAAAUGUUUUGUUGCAAUGUAUGUACUUCAUUGAGCAGAAUCAAUUUUUCUCGUGUUAAUUUUCAAAUUUGCGAUAACAGAGAGAAUAAAAGGUUAA